GCACUGACAGGUUAAAAGAGGAGAGACUGAAGUGAAAGAGAAAGGGACUCAACUCCAUAAAUUGAUCCUGAUUUAUACUGUAGGAUUAACUGCUAUUUGAAUUCUCGUCUGCAUGUUUUUCAUUAUGGACUGAAAAGCAUUGCUACAUUAUUAAAAGAAGUGAACUGUGAACUAUCUUAUUUAUGAUGUCUUGUUUAUUGGGAUACAACACAGCCAUAACCAUCCGGUUUACAGUAUUAUAGACUAUUUUAACAGAAUUAUUCUUUAACUACAUGUACUUUCACAAUUAAAACUUCAUACACUAGAAUAUCAAAAUUGGCAACACGUUCAUUGUCUAAUGUUGUGAAACGUUGGCCUAUGGUUGAAAAGUUUUUUUGCAUAUCUUGUGUUUGAAUUUAUCUGUGUUUCAGUGUUAAUUUUAACGUCUAAGGUUGAUAAACUUUUGGAACUAGCUUUAUUUUUUUCAUAUUUCACAAGAAAUAAACUUGGAACGAUUUGAACAAUAAGGUUUUAACAUUAUAUACAGUAACAAAAUGGCAACAGGUUAAUUGUCUUCGGUUCCAAAACGUUUGCUUAUGGUUGAAGACUUUUCUUGCACACGUUGUUUAGAGCAGAAUCUUACGGAAUCUGCAGACAUUUAUUGUGAAAAAUGUGAAGGGUUUUAUUGUAAAAAAUGUGUUAUCCUGCAUAGUCAAUUUUUUACAAAACAUAUGACAUGUGGAAGGGAGGAUAUUAAGAAAUGGCCAGUUUCUAAGGCAGUAGUAGAUUUUCUCAGGAAGUGUGAGGUGCAUGAGGAUGAAACACUGACACAGUUUUGCCAUUACCACAGUCAGCUGUGCUGCUCUGCAUGUGUUGGAACAAUUCACAGCCAGUGCAGUAAAGUGACCCAGAUUUCGGAGCUGACCAACACGCAGCCCUCAGGCCUAGAGGGGCUGUCAAUGGAGCUGGAAACUGUCCUGGGGGAAAUUAAAACCCUGCAGAUCAGUCAAGAGGCCAGCAUUCAGUCAUUGCAGAGAACAUACAAUGAACAUAGGGAAGUUAUGAUAAAGCAAAUGUGUGGCAAUUUAAAUACUUAUAUAGAUGAAUGUGAUAAUAAUUCUGUGGGAACAUCAGGCGGAAAUGAGCAAUAUUUAAAAGAAGAGAUGUGUAGGAGUGUUCUCUCUAUCUUGAAUGAAUUCGAUAAUAUUACUGCGAAGGAACUUGACGAGAUGAAAGCUGAGGUUAUAAGCAUUAAAGGGUCAGUUACAUGUUCUAUUCAUAAAUGCACCAGUGUUCACAAUGACUUGUCACAAUUCCAUGAAAUUGUUCAGAAAAUUGGAGAUCAUAAGGAGCUCUGCCUUAUAGCCAGCAUAAAAUGUAAGCAUAUAAUACAGCAGGCAUUGACUCUGCUGGGAAAGUCAGGCAAGGUGUUUAAGGUCCAGAGUAAUACUGUGCACAAUGUGAGAAUACCAAGUGAUUCAAAUUCAUGUCAUAUCACAGGCAUGUGUGCUCUCCCAGAUGGACAGGUCCUGGUUGCAGACAGGGAUAAUAAGAGAGUCAAGCUUCUGAGCCAGCAGUACAAGGUGGUGAGUCAUUGGGAUGUGAAUGCUGAGCCACAGGAUAUAUGUCAGAUCACACCCAGUGAGGUUGCAGUGGCUGUGAAUACUAGCAAGAUACAUGAGGUCCAGUUUAUCACUGUCAACCAGGGAAAGCUUGUUCCUGGCAGGAAGUUUCAGUUACAACAUGAAUGUACAGGUAUUGCCCAUCACUAUGGAGACCUUUUUGUCACCUCUGAUAAAGAACUGUACAAAUACACGCUGAAUGGCAAACUGAUCUGCAGACUCUAUGAACAACAUGGAUCGACUGAUUUUACAACAGUAUACAAGUGUGCUGUGAGUCCCACAGGAGACAGGCUGUACAUCACCAGCGACUGGGACAAGCUUCUCACCCUGGCCAGGGAUGGCACACUCCUGGCUACAUACACAGACCCAGCACUAUAUGUCCCAUAUGGUCUACAUGUGACCCCUGCAGGCCAGGUGCUGGUCUGUGGAAACUGGUCCUACACUGUACUACAGGUGGGCUGGGAGGGAGAGAGUAAGCUGGCUACGCUGGCUACUGAGGAGGAUGGAGUGAGGUACCCAUGGUCAGUCUGCUACAGCAGCACCACAUCAUCCAUCAUUGUGGGACAGCAGUGGGACGACACCAUCCUGGUGUUCAGAGUGGAAUAGUGUGUACAUUGGCUGCUGAGUCAGAACAAGGAUGCUGAGGAUGUGGUGGACAAGAAUGACAUGACUACGCAGAAGCAACUGCUAAGCACAGAAGACAACGGAGUAGUGAAAGGCUCAGCCAAAUCAAAGUCCAGCGAUGUGAGGGUGACACAGCCUUUCCAUGUCCUUGUAUUGCAACAUGAAGGACAUUUUAGCUGAAACUAACAAGGGAGAGAACUGUAGAUCUGCACCAGCACAGAGCACCAGCAUUGAUAUCGAGUUGGCCCAGCAACCGCACGAGUCCCGCCUGCAGGAGCCCCAGUCCAGAACGACCCUUCCCCUCCCCUGACUUCUAACUCCUCCCCCUUGACCUCCUGACUCAAAAAGUCAGCAUCGUUGAACAACUCCGUUCUGCAGAAAAUUCUGAGCAUGAUUCUGGUCUGAACAAACACAAUGCCCACGUCAAGUUGUCCACACAUAAGCCUGGGUAGUUCUGUUAAGCUAGAGUUCCGCGUGGGCCUGAGAGGGACGAGUUUUACAAACACGAAAAGUUAUAGCUGUAGUUAUGGUAACGCUAACAGUCAGUUGUUGCUGUUGGACAUCACAACAAAUAUCCUGAAGAAUAAAAAGUUCAAUAACUUGUUCCAAUCUUUAUGGGACAAACAGAAAAUGGACGGGAGAAAAUCAAGGAACAAUAAAAGCGUAAGCUUUCCUAGUGGGAUGCUUCUGCUGUUGAUAGUUUGGACGACAAUAGGGUUACGGACUGCCCCAGAUUGUCCUCUCAGCGGCCAAAAUAUCAUAAUAGAACGGACUUUUGGCAAUGUUACCGACAAAGAAAGGCAGUAAUGACUUGGUUGUGAAUACCCAGAGCACGAUACAUCCAUGCUGACACAAAAAGGCAGUUAUGACUUGGUGGUGAAAACCCAGAGCACGCUACAUCCUUGCUGACCAAGAAAUGCAGUAAU